GGCAUGAUAGCACCCAAUAUCACUGUUACAGCAUAGAUCGACUGGUCUAGUGAACUGGCAAAAAGACGGUGAAAAUCGACGAUCUGUCCAUGCCCCAGUGCAGGCCGAGUAGCGCCAUUCGAAACCAGCUUGUUCUGCUCCGUCUAAACGAUACGUGUCUCCGUCACACUGAAAUGAGUGUUGUUCACUGCCCCCAGGCCAUGAAAAAAAUGAUUUUGGAGGUCAUAGUGGUGACUUUCGUGGAAGGUGAUACGUGUGUCUGCGGACUUUCGACGGGUAUUGGGGGUACAUGCAAGAUGAAGUUGGAUGGCCAAGGGAACCCAUCCGUUAAUGAAUUUUAUCGAACGGCAUUAUUUAGAAUUCCUUCUCGAUCAGUCACAAACACCAUGUUCACCGACACGUGCUCUACACCGAGGAUCUGCAAAAAGCCAAGCUAACUGAUCCACGUCCACCAGAACAUCCCAAGUCACACAUACCAUCAACCAAUAUAGUGCAAUAUUCGUCAACAUCUCUACCUCAUUCAUGUACCCAUAUUUAGAAUAAAAC